AGUUUCUUUGACGAGUGGGGGGGUUGAAGGGGGGCUGUUCGGGUGUUAGACUGAGGCAGGCGUGGCAGUGGGCUGGUCCAGGCGCACAGAGCGAUGCAAAACGCCAGGGUCUAUAGACUUGAUAUCAGCCGAGGCCCUGAAAACAGUCUGACAAAGGAGCUCUGGUGUCGCAACCCAGCGCGGACAGAUUGGUUGUAAUUAACUAGCGCUUUCUGCUUCAUUCUGAGGACGUCCCCGGGCUGUGGGUGUGCCGCACCCACACAGCGGACUCGGUCCUGAGGAUGCACUGAGCUCUGCACUUCUACCGGCCAGGGCCCCGAGGAAUACAGCAUCCUUAAUGCAAGGACUCUGUAUUUACUGAUGUGCACCGUGGGAUCCUUCAGCAGUGCUCUUGUGCACCUUGAAUGCAUCGACUACGGGGCAUCUUACUCCCAUCUGCACUUUGACUUCUAAAUUCUCUCCACCCACCCCAGGUUGUAAGACACCCACUUCAAAAACAGUAGAAGAUGAGCAAGUCUCCCACCCCUAAGGGCACCCCGGUGCAGCGCAGCCCCAGCGAUGGGGUCCCCGAGGGCAUCCAGUCUCCUCAGCCUUCCACCCCCGGCUCCGGACCCCAGCAUAAGAAGCGCAUCUCCAGCCUCCUCCAGAGUCCGUCUUUCAGAGAGGAGCUGGACGUGCUGAUCCAGGAGCAGAUGAAGAAAGGCGGCAGCUCAUCUAACCUCUGGGCGCUGAGGCAGCUGGCUGAUUUCAUGGCCACACAUGGCUCCCCAGCUGCGCUCCCAGUCUCUCCCUCCAACAUGAUGAUGGUGACGCCCAUCAACGACCUGCAUGGCUGGGAGCCCGGCAGCAUGGUGAAGGGCGAGAGGCUGAUGCGCUGCAAGCUGGCCAGCACCCAUCGCCUGUUCGACCUCUACGGCUGGGCCCAGAUCAGCCACACGCGUCUCACGCUGCGUGUGAGUAAAGAACAGGAACAUUUCCUGGUGCUGCCAGAUGGCCUGACUUACAGCGAGGUGACUGGAUCCAGUCUGGUAAAGGUGAAUAUCCUGGGUGAAGUGGUGGAGAAAGGCAGCACCAACCUAGGAGUGGACACGGAGAAGUUCAGCCUGCACUCGGCCAUUUACUCAGCCCGGCCAGAUGUUCGCUGUCUGCUUCACCUCCACACACCAUCCACAGCCGCGGUUUCAGCUAUGAAGUGUGGCCUCCUGCCGUUGUCCCACGAGGCUCUGCUGGUUGGUGACGUGGCCUAUUAUGACUACAAUGGAGUCAUGGAGGAGGAGGAGGACAGAGUGGAGCUGCAGAAGAGCUUAGGACCCACUUGCAAGGUUCUGGUCCUGAGGAAUCACGGCAUCGUGGCUCUGGGGGAGUCUGUGGAGGAGGCCUUCUACACCAUCUACCACAUCCAGGCUGCCUGCCAGAUCCAGGUGUCAGCGUUGUGUUGUGCCGGUGGAGAACAGAACCUGAUUCUGCUGGAUCGGACCAUCCACAAACCCAACCCAACCGGCACCGUCGGCUGGGCCGGCUCCACCUUCGGACCUCUGCAUAAGAGCCGUGUCGGGGAGCAUGAGUUUGAGGCCCUCAUGAGAACUCUGGAUAACCUGGGCUACCGUACCGGCUACGCCUACCGUUUCCCCGUGCUGCUGGAGCGAUCGCGGACGAAGAGGGAGGUGGAGGUGCCGGCGACAGUCACGGUCUUCCACCAGUUUGACGGCGACGGAGUCCACCCGGCUAUGAGGCAGCACCCUUUUGCCCAGCGCCAGCAGCAGGAGAGGACCCGAUGGCUCAACACCCCCAACACCUACCAGAAAGUCAGCCAGGACCAAGCCAGCCCGGGACACCAGCGCACCAUUUGGCAGAAGACAGAGGAAAUGACACAAUCUGGCAGCACAGCCAUUAAGAUAGAGAACCCAAACCAGUUUGUGCCUCUGUUCACCAACCCUCGAGAGGUGAUUGAGACACGUAACAAGAUCCGACAGCAGAAUCGCCAGGACAUGAAAACAGCUGGGCCACAGUCUCAAGUCCUCGCCAGCGUCAUAACAGAAGACAGUCCUCCGUCCCCGGUCAGCCCACCCAAAGUCCCACCAGAGCCGGAACCCCCCAACCCUUUCAACCAGCUGACGGACAAGGAGCUGGAGGAGUACCGCAAGGAAGUGGAGAGGAAACAGGAUGGAGGCACCGAUGGGGAGGAGGUGGCUAAUGACAAGGAGUCUACCCCUGCUACCUCCCCCGCUAAGAGCCCUCCACCCAGCCACCCUCCUCCGUCAGAAGAGGAAAAGGCUGAUUCCCCGGCCAUUCAGAAUGGAGGCGAGGAGGAGAAGCAGACGACAGAGGAACUGGAGAAAGGGAUGAAGGCUCUUUCAACCAACGACACCUCCACGCCCGCUGCUCCGCCCGCCAAACCGCAGGGCGGCACCCCCGAAGGUUCGCCCUCCAAGUCCCCAUCCAAGAAGAAAAAGAAGUUCAAGCCGCCGUCGUUCCUGAAGAAGAGCAAGAAGCAGAAAGAGAAAGCAGAGACCUGAGACGCUCUCUCAGCUGCAGCGGACCUCGGUGAAAUACUGCCGUGAAAUACUUCCUAGUGUGUGACGGAGUAGCAGACGGAGUCCACCGCCUCAGAUCAAAGAGCCAUCUAAGAUGUCAGUCACAACCACGGUGCAUUAAAUUCACCUUUACAUAUUUUACUUUACUGCUGCUACUCAACACUGGAAAUUACUUUCACAUAGUAUUUGACCCUGGUCGGAAACACAGCCCAAUAUUUUGACGCACUACUUCUGAUCACACACAGUCCCUGUAUUACCCACGUCUUAAUUACACCUGCUGUGCUAUCAGUCCAUCAUUUCACUGUACAGGCAUUCAGACAUAUACCUUUCCGGAGUCACUGCUGGGGUCCUGUGCAGUCGAAUUAGUUUCAUACUUUCUUUUUCAAAUCCACAACUUUGCAAGAAGACACAGUGGAAAUUAAAGUCCCCGUGAAAUAUGCACCCCACCCCCAUCCAUGUAUAGGCACUCGGCAUCUGUAGACUCUAGGACGUUGCUUUGGUUGAUAAUCUUAUUCAUCUUCUAGUCAUGAUUUGGUUCUAAUUAUCAGAUAGAUGUUGCAGGUAUACUCUGUGAGCACAGGUGCAGUCCAUUUAGAAAUAUACUGAUAGCUAUUGAUUGUGCUCUUCUGAAUGCUGGUUUUGUGUACAGAUGUUGACGUUAUUACAGCAGGGAGGAACCAGGAAAAACAUACUGGCAGCAAAACAAGCCGCUAUGAGCGCUACUAUCAAAAACCAAAAGGAUAAAGCAUAAAGAAUCUGUUGCUUGUCAAUGCAGUCUUAAAUCCAGUAAUAGAAGGUACUGAUGGUACUAAACAUUCCACUUUUCUCAUUUUCUUUUCAGUGUAUGUGUGCAAAAUACCUCUUAACAGUAGUUUCUUUCUGUUUGAGCCAGUAGCUGUUAUCAAAACGCUGAUGUGUGAUGUUUGCUCAUGGUUUUUAAUUUAUUUUAUAUUAGAAUGUAUAAGUGAGUGUUGCAAGGUUACCAUGUAUCAGUCAUUAAAGAUCAAGUUUGAUUUAAAAUCA